AUGGCGUCUCAGUUUAUUCCAGACUGCCACAUAUUGGUAGAAAAACUAACUAAAGAUUAUAAUGAUAUCUUAGUGACGUGUGGACCACAGCAAAUUGAACUCUACAUUUACUUGUGCCCAGUUUACUAUGCUGGUUAUAAUGAAACCCAACUUUUUAUGAAUGAAAUUUAUUCCAACCCAAGCUGUCAGGGUACAAUUGAUUUAUCUGGCACUGUACCAUUCCUGAAAUUUGUUUUUUCAAUAAAUGACAGCACAAGUUGUGGAAGUUUAUUCCAGAUAACUACUGCAGCAGGUCAAGACAUUUUUAGUAGCUUUUCUGCAAUCCAAACUGCUAACAUAAGUGGAAUAAUAAAGUCAAAAGAUCCAACUGUGGGAGUCAUCACACGGAGCCCAGAACUGAAGUAUUUAUAUUCCUGCAGUUAUCCACUGGAAUAUCUCAUUAAUAACACACAGCUAGAUGUGGCUCAAAAUAAUAUAGCUAUCAAUACCAAUAAUGGAAGCUUCAUCAGCACACUGUCACUACAGCUAUAUCUAGAUGGAAACUAUGGCAGACCUCUUAUUAUUCCACAAACAGGAAUCCAAAUAAACAGCACAGUUUAUGUGGAAGUAAGAGCAACUAACUUAACAGAAAAGUUCAAUGUUUUGCUGGAUCGGUGCUAUGCAUCUGUGUCACCAUUCCCGACGAAUUCAACCUAUUAUGACCUGUUUGUUGGAUGUACAAAGGACUCAUUUACUUUCAUAACACUUAAUGGAGACAGUCAAGCAGCACGGUUUUAUUUUACAGCUUUCCGAUUUCUAGAACAAUUUAACCAGCAAGUGUCAACUUUUUACUUGCAUUGUAUAACACGACUUUGUGAAAUAUCCACUUGUAGUAAUUUUAAACCAUCAUGUACACGAAGAAAAAGAAAUGUUAGAGCUGUCCCAAGCUCUUCAGGAUCAGUUUCUGACCCUGCAACAAUCACCUCUCCAAAAAUUAUCACCACUCUUGAUGAUGCCGACAGCCAAAGACCAGGAAGUGGUGAUUCUAACAAGGAUUCUCAAAAAAUUGUGAGCACUGCUGUUGGCUUGGGAAUAACAGUCGGAUUUUUGGCUUUGCUGUGCACACUGAUGGGAGGUAUUGCCUUUCUUAUGCACAGAAGACUGCAGAAAAGCAGAUAUUCAGAGAAAAACAAUUUCCACUAG